AUGAACGCGCUACUUGGGGAGCUGCGCAUGGUCAAGGUGCUACAUCAGCAAUCAGGCGUCUGUUUGUUCACACAUCAGUGGAAAUGGAAUCUACAUGCGCAUGCAGAGGGAGUUGAUGCACUUGUAAUGUCCUUUACGCAAUUUGCACGUGAGAUUGACGGUGGAGAGGUCGUACAAGUGCACUUUGACCCAAGCAGAAUCGACCAAAUGGACCGAUCCAGUACCAGUCCAAUGCCCGCUUCUUCUGGCGGUCUCAUCAUGAUCUCGCUCCAGAAUGAGACGAUCCAGGCCGUGCUGUUUCAUGAUCGGACUGCUGAUGCAGCCUGUGCUGCACUAACGGCAUUUUUACAGCGAAUAUUGCAACGGUUUGGAGAGUUAUUCAAGCAUGAGCUGCAACAAUUGCAGCCGCAAUUGCAAGCAAGUGCAACGCCCACCGCUGAAGAGCGUGAAGCUGUCGAAGCCCCAUUCCGGAGAUUUGGGGUAGAGCUUGACACUCAAUUGCUGCCACAAUCUAAUGGCAACUUGAAACGUGCCACAAGGAACAUGCUUUGUCGUAUCAACGUAUUCACUAUCGGUACGAUGUGCUAUGAAUGCUUUUCAAAUCUUUGA